AUGGGUAACCUCCUGUGUCCGCCCAGAAGACCGGUGCGCCCGUACGACCCCCGGUUCGACUACUACCAGGGUCACGGGCAACGAAGCGCGGUCGACACGAGCCAGCCGGUCGGCGCCGACGGCCAACCGGUUCUGACGUCAAAGCAGAUCAACCACCUCCCGAUUGAAGAGUUCGCCAAGGCGGAGGAGAUGCUGGAGUGGCGGGUGAGUCAGCUCAAGGACGAGUUGAGACGCGCCAGACUCAACUCGCCGGCGGAUAGAUCGAACAGGGACGCGCCGAUGCCGCUGGAGAAGAAGGAGCUCGUCGACGCGGUGUUGCUGGCCAGGGGCGGUGAGUCCGGGCAGACGUGCAACGUUUGCUUCGACGACUUCGAGUCCGGGGACGGCCUGAGGGUGCUGCCUUGCGGUCAUCGCUUCCACGUCGAGUGCGUGGACAAGUGGCUCAGGAGCCAGAGCCUGCGGUGUCCGCUAUGCAACCACGACGCGACGAAGUUGUUCAGGCAGGGCCUCCGGGCGUGA